CGCUCCAAGCACGACGCGACAAACUCGACGGCGCUGAGCUCGGGGACCUUGACGCCGUCGACGACGAUGGGCUGCCAUGAGAGGCCCUUGGUCACGUAUGACACCAAGCAGGUCCGCGUCGCGCCGGUAGACGCCAUGGAACUCGAUCACAUCCGCCUCUCGGUCGUCUAA